AUGUGUCAAAAACAUGUAAUGAAUCUUUUCAAACAAGCUAUCGUAACAUUCCCAUAUAGAAAAUCCAUAUCUUCAGAAAUCUUCAAUAAAAACUUGGAAAAAUUAAAAUCACUAAUGGAUCAAUUAACUAAAGAACAUGUAAAUUUGGAUGAGAAACUUUUGCAAAGAAUCCAUCCAGGACAUAAACUACCUCUCCACGACCACCCUCAAAUGCACGGUCUACUAAAAGUUAUUGCUGGUACAUUUAAAAUCCAAGCAUAUUCAGAAGACCACGAAGAAACAUUAAAAUUAAAUGAUAAGUCUGAUAACGAAACAGAGCAACCUGAAGAUUUUUCCGUAAAAAAAGUAGUUGCAAAAAAACUAGACGUCCUACUAUGCGAUGAAAAUUCUGAGUGCUGUAUCUUAACCCCGGGCGAUGGUAAUUACCAUGAAAUCGAACCGGUAAAUGGUUCAGCAGCAUUUUUAGAUAUCCUAUCACCUCCCUACGAUGCUUUUAUUGAAGAAUUUGGACAAAGAGACUGUACGUAUUAUAAAGAAGAAAGUGAAAUUAAGCCCAAUUUGGUGCAAUUGACUCAAAUAAGACAACCGGCAUGGUUUUGGUGCGAUACUGCUCAAUAUUCAGGUCCACUUUUAUCGCUUACGGAAGAAAAUACAAUAUCCCAAUGA